UACAAUGACAGUGUAUAUUUAAGAAUCAUUUCAAAAUCUACAAAGUACUGUCCUCACUACAAACCUGAAGGAUAGGGAGGAUAAGAACUGUCAUCACCAGCUUUUAACAUGAGGUGAUUGAGGUGAAGGUUUUCCCAAGUGUCGUAAAAAUAAAUGCUAGGAUCUUUUGACUCUAGUUGGGGUUUUCAUGACCAAUAUAUUGGGAUGGUGUGCCAUUUCCUUCCCCAGUUCAUUUUACAGUUGAAGAAACUGAGGCAAACUGGGUUAAGUGACUUGCCCAGGGUCAUAUAGCUAGUGAGUGAGACUGAAUCUGACCUCUCUUUUUAUGAUUUCAGGUCCAAAACUCUAUCCAUUGUGCCACCUAAUUAUCUAUAUGUACAUGCAAGUAUACAUAAAAACUUUCAAAUUAUUCAUAGUAAUUUUUUUGCUGGGGGGAAGUAUUAGCAGCCAGGGGGAUCAGAAAAGGAAAAAAAAUAAAUCUUGGCCAUCCAAAGAAAGAAGAGCAAAGAAUUCAAUCAUUCAAUUCAUAUUUAGUACUAGAAUAGAGAACUAGAACAAAUGGCAGAAGAGUAUAAAGAGAAGUGUUUUAGAAAAUAGAAGAGUUUCCUAAUAAUCAGGUUGAUACAAAAAUGGAAAAGACUGCUAAUUUUUUUUUCCAGGAGAAGUAUUAAAGCAGAGUUCUUGGACAGCAGAUUCAUUCCACUAGCCCUAGGAUUCAUUUUUUCUCUAGAUACUUUUUACUUGUCAGAAAAUUUUCUAGGAGGAUCUACUAUUGUUUUUCAAUAUUAUGCAAUGAAAUGUUUUUUGGAUGAAGUGGUGAGUAUGUGAGGUAGGUAGCUUGGCCAAAAAAGGCAGAACUUUCAUCAGAGGAUGAACCUAUUAGGGCCCACUGAGCAGGAAGGUGCUUACUAUGAGUCCUAAGUUCAUGGGUUUCCCUUGUGUUUACUUUAGGUGGCUUUAGAGAAAUGUGGGGACAGAAUUUGUUUGGAUUAGAUCUCCCAUAGGUUACGCAGAGGGCAAAGAGGAGCAUUUGCCUGGAGCUUUUGAAAAAGCUCAUGAGAUUUAACUUCUGAAUUUACUUCUCUAAGGCAAACAAUCUCAACGUGGUAUCUGGCAGCAAGCAGCUUAUGCACACAUUUUAGAGUGUAUCUACCUCUCUGAGAAUCUGGGGAUUUUAAUAUUUCAUUGAACGUGAUUUAAAAGAAAAUGUUGCGAGGAAGAUCACUGUCUGUGACCUCCCUGAGUGGGCUGCCUAUGUGGGAUGUGCAAGAACUUCCAAUAGAGGAUCUGCUGUUAUUUGAAGUUGCCUGGGAAGUGACCAAUAAAGUUGGUGGCAUCUAUACUGUAAUCCAGACUAAGGCAAAAACAACAGCAGAUGAAUGGGGAGAAAAUUAUUGUCUGAUUGGUCCAUACUUUGAACACAAUAUGAAGACCCAAGUGGAAGAGUGUGAGCCUCCAAACCAAGCAAUUAAAAAAGCAAUGGAUGCAAUGAAUUUGCAUGGAUGUCAGGUUCAUUUUGGAAGGUGGCUCAUAGAAGGGAGCCCGUAUGUGGUGUUGUUUGACAUCGGAUAUUCUUCUUGGAAUUUGGACAGAUGGAAAGGAGACCUCUGGGAAGCAUGCCACAUAGGAAUCCCUUACCAUGACCGGGAAGCUAGCGAUAUGCUUAUAUUUGGAUCAUUAACUGCUUGGUUCUUAAAGGAGGUGACUGACCAUGCGGAUGGUAAACAUGUCAUUGUUCACUUUCAUGAAUGGCAGGCAGGAACUGGACUAAUUCUUUCUAGAGCCAGGAGACUUCCUAUUGCCACAAUAUUUACAACUCAUGCAACACUGCUUGGAAGGUACCUCUGUGCGGCUAAUGCUGAUUUCUACAAUCACCUUGAUAAGUUUGAUAUAGACAAGGAAGCUGGAGAGAGACAGAUUUACCAUCGAUACUGCAUGGAGCGAGCUUCUGUUCAUUGUGCUCACGUGUUCACCACAGUUUCUGAAAUCACUGCCAUAGAAGCUGAACACAUGCUGAAAAGAAAGCCUGAUGUUGUUACUCCAAAUGGCCUGAACAUUAAGAAAUUUUCAGCUGUGCAUGAGUUUCAAAAUUUGCAUGCUUUGUACAAGUCCAGGAUCCAGGAUUUUGUUCGUGGUCAUUUCUAUGGUCAUCUUGAUUUUGACCUUGAAAAGACCUUAUUCCUUUUCAUUGCGGGGAGAUAUGAAUUUUCAAACAAAGGAGCUGACAUCUUCUUAGAAGCUUUAUCCAGACUAAACUUCCUCUUACGGGUACACAAAAGUGAUGUCACAGUUGUGGUGUUUUUUAUUAUGCCUGCCAAGACAAAUAAUUUCAAUGUGGAAACCUUGAAAGGGCAAGCAGUGAGAAAGCAACUAUGGGAUACAGCAAAUUCAGUGAAAGAAAAGUUUGGAAAGAAACUCUAUGAUGCACUACUAAGAGGAGAAAUUCCUGAUUUGAACAAGAUCUUGGAUCGAGAUGAUGUGACAAUUAUGAAAAGAGCCAUCUUUUCCACUCAGCGACAAAGUUUGCCUCCAGUGACUACUCACAACAUGAUUGAUGAUUCCACGGAUCCCAUCCUCAGUACCAUCCGGAGGAUUGGACUUUUCAAUAGCCGGACAGACAGAGUCAAGGUGAUUUUACAUCCAGAAUUCCUUUCCUCAACAAGUCCAUUAUUACCUAUGGAUUAUGACGAAUUCGUCAGAGGCUGCCAUCUUGGAGUAUUUCCAUCAUACUAUGAACCCUGGGGUUAUACUCCCGCUGAGUGCACAGUGAUGGGCAUUCCUAGUGUGACAACAAACCUAUCUGGCUUUGGCUGUUUCAUGCAGGAACACGUAACUGACCCAGCUGCUUAUGGUAUUUACAUUGUUGAUCGGAGAUUCUGCUCACCAGAUGAGUCCUGCAAUCAGCUUACUCAGUUUCUAUAUGGAUUCUGCAAACAAUCUCGUCGCCAGAGAAUUAUCCAGAGAAACAGAACUGAGAGACUUUCUGAUCUGCUGGACUGGAAAUACUUAGGCAGGUAUUACAUGCAUGCCAGACACCUGACACUGAGCAGAGCUUUUCCAGAUAAAUUUCAUGCUGAAUCUUCACCAUCACUAACGACCCAAGGUUUUAAAUUUCCAAGGCCUUCUUCAGUGCCACCUUCACCCACAAGCUCUCAACAUUCCAGUCCUCAUAACAGUGAUGUAGAAGAUGAGGACGAGAGAUAUGAUGAAGAAGAAGAAGCUGAAAGGGAUCGGAUGAAUAUCAAAUCUCCCUUUUUUCUGGGUCAAGUCCCCCAUGAAAAGAAAAAGCAACAUGGGGAACACAAGAAUUGAGUUUCUGUACGCUUGACUUUUCCUGGCUCUUUAUCAUGUAUAGAACUGUAACAGAACUGUAAUAGAACAAAACAGAAAGUACAUAGACAUUAAUUAGGGAGCACCACAUAUUAAGGAACUUAAACUAAUAUAACUAAAAAAUUCUUCAUAGAAAUAAAAUAAACUUUAGAGAAAGUAUCUUUUCCUUAGUGAUGAUGGAAAACUGGUCACUACUGAAAAAGGCAGAAGAGACAAAAAAUAUGUGGCAAUUUGUUUCUCUCAUCCUCAGAAUAAAACACAAUAAGCAAAAUUCA